AUGUUAACCAGCAUUCACGACGAGACGCACGCAAAUCUUGCUGCAGAAUCAAUUGAAGAAUUCUUCAAUCAAAAUCCCUCAGUGCAAGUCGUUAUAUUGCAAUGGGUUGAUAUUUGUGGAAUUUCAAGAACUAGAUUACUCCCUACCUCACGCUUUAAGAGCCUCGUGAGAACUGGCGGCUACCUUGAUUGCUCUCCAUUGGAUACACUCGUGCCUACGACCUCUGAGUUCAUCCCUCAAUUAUUUACUCGUUUCAAUGGGAAGGGAAAGAUACACCCUGAUAUUUUCUCAAUCCGGACUAUGAAGCAUGAUGCAUCCGGAAUUGGCAACGCAGCUCAUUGCGUUGGUACUGUGGACUUCCAGAAAACUGACGCACGACUCCUCUUGAAAGACGUCGUGAAAAAGGCUGAAGAGACUCACGGCUUGAAAUUCCUUGUUGGCAUUGAGCUGGAAUUCUGUCUUCUCGUCCCAGGAACCCUUGAAGCCGCUGAGCCUGCAAAGCCGGGAGUGGCUGGUACUUUCGGCACUCUCCGCUCCAAAGUCUGGCCUAUACUUAACGAAAUAAUUGUUGGCUUCAGUGAAGCAGGUAUUGAAGUUGAACAGGUGAUAAAAGAGUACGGUACAUCGGCGUAUGAAGUUGCCCUCCCUCCUCUUCCUCCCAUCGAAGCCGUGGACACCUAUUACUACGCCAAAGAGCUAAUCCAGAAUGUGGCACACAAGCAUGGAAUUCUUGCCACUUUUUAUCCAACACCAUACGAGGGAGAACAGGGCCAGAAGAGCGGACAGCACAUUCACAUCUCGGCAACCCCGAUGGAGAAGAAUAAAUACUGGAACCCUGACGACACCCUGGCGGGCAUAUUGAGCCAUAUCCCCGCACUCAUGGCAUUGGGGAUGUGCCAGGUUGAUUCUUACGAUAGAGCCAGUACCGGGAGAAUGUGUACCGGCGGCCUUGUAGGCUGGGGUGAUAAUAAUCGAGACAUGCCUGUCAGAAGAGUCACCAAAAACCACUGGGAGAUCCGUGUCAAUGACGCUACCUCGAACACGUAUGCCAUGGUAGCCGCGAUCAUUGGUGCUGCUCUCGACUUCAAGCCUCUUACCAUUAGAAAUGCGGCCAAUUUCACUUUGAUGUACUCCGAUGAAGAAAGGGAGAAUAUGGGACUGACGAAACUUCUCCCGACGUCACUCGAUGCUGCACUAAAGGAGCUAGAAGAUGACAGAGCGUGGGCGGAUAGUGUUCUCGGUCAAGGCUAUGUCGAUUGGUUCCUUGCACUGAAACAGGCAGAGAUGAAAACUGUUUCAAAGAUGGAGACCAAAGAACGAAGAUUGCAUAUGCUAAGCUUCUUUUAG